GAGUUCAGACGCUGCCAGGCUGUCGCCCUCCCUUCACCUGCGCUGCAUAAAGAAGACGACGACUUCUCUGCCGGCCGCCUCGGCUCGAUUCCUCGCCAUUGGUGAAAGCUCAGCGGCGGCGUCCAUCGUCGGGCUUCGGAGCUCCUGCCGGCUAUGGACAUGGAUAUACAACUCGGGGACUAUUCUCCGGACAAGUUUGCCAGCAUCGCUCUUUCACCCAAAGGGCGCACGGACUCGCAGGAAGGCCGCUGGAGGGCGCAGAAGUCGAUCGACGACUGGCUGCCGAUCAACGCCAGGAGGAACGCCAAGUGGUGGUACUCCGCCUUCCACAAUGUCACCGCCAUGGUCGGCGCCGGCGUGCUAAGCCUUCCCUACGCCAUGUCCGAGCUCGGCUGGGCGGCCGGCGUCACGGUGCUGAUCCUGUCGUGGAUCAUCACGCUGUACACGCUGUGGCAGAUGGUGGAGAUGCACGAGAUGGUGCCGGGCAAGCGGUUCGACCGGUACCACGAGCUGGGACAGCACGCGUUCGGCGAGAAGCUGGGCCUCUGGAUCGUCGUGCCGCAGCAGCUGGUGGUGGAGGUCGGCCUGAACAUCGUGUACAUGGUCACCGGCGGCCAGUCCCUGCAGAAGUUCCACGACGUCGUCUGCCACGACAGGUGCAAGCACAUCAAGCUCACCUACUUCAUCAUGAUCUUCGCCUCCGCCCACUUCGUCCUCUCCCAGCUCCCCAAUUUCCACUCCAUCUCCGGCGUCUCCCUCGCCGCCGCCGUCAUGUCUCUCUGUUACUCGACGAUCGCGUGGAUCGCGUCAGCUGCCAAGGGGAGGUCGGCGGACGUGGACUACAGCCUGCACGCGACGACGACGCCGGGGAAGGUGUUCGGCUUCUUCGGGGCGCUCGGGGACGUGGCGUUCGCGUACGCUGGGCACAAUGUGGUGCUGGAGAUCCAGGCCACCAUCCCGUCGACGCCGGACAAGCCGUCCAAGAAGCCCAUGUGGAAGGGCGUCGUCGUCGCCUACGUCGUCGUCGCCCUGUGCUACUUCCCGGCGUCGCUCGUCGGCUACUGGGCCUUCGGCAACAAAGUCCAGGACAACAUCCUCGUCACCCUCGACACACCAAGGUGGCUCAUCGCCCUCGCCAACAUGAUGGUCGUCGUCCAUCUCCUUGGCGGUUACCAGAUUUAUGCGAUGCCGGUGUUCGACAUGAUAGAGACGGUGCUGGUGAGGAAGUUUUGGUUCCGUCCAGGCCUGAUGCUGCGCCUGAUUGCCCGGACUGCCUACGUUGGGUUCACAAUGUUCGUGGCCAUCACCUUCCCCUUCUUCAGUGAAUUGCUCAGUUUCUUCGGUGGAUUCGCCUUCGCACCGACAACUUACUUUCUUCCCUGCAUCAUGUGGCUCACAAUUUACAAGCCCAAAAGGUUCAGCCUCUCAUGGUUCACCAACUGGGCGUGUAUUGUUAUUGGAGUGCUGCUGAUGGUACUAUCACCAAUUGGAGGACUCCGGCAGAUCAUUGUGAAAAUCAAGACAUACAAAUUUUAUCAGGACUACCCCCAGCAAUGAUAGAUUCAGAACAAUCCCCUGAUUUAAACCAUGAGCUUUGCUAUGGUAUGAUGAAGUAAAUGAGGAUCGCCCAUUUAUUUAGAUCUAGAUGGAUAUUAUCAUAUAUUAUCUCGUAGAAGGUAAUAGGAAAUAUAUAUAUAUAUAUAUUGGAAAUAGGACAGAUAUGUAAAUAUCUUGCAAUUAGAUCUUUUAAGCAAAAUAGAUUGCAAUUAGUCAUAGCUAAUGCGUUGACGUUAUGGCGUGCAAACAUUUGUAAUUUUUUUAACAUGAUGGAUCUCUACGUCUUUAGUAAUGCGUACCUAACAUUUGUUGUAAUUUUUUUAAUAUCAUUGAUUGAUUCAGUCCUCGACUUUGUGCCAA